UUUCUCUGUGGUCGUAUUACUACACCAUGUGAGAAUUAUUUAACAACAAAAAUAACACAUUUUGCAACAUUUACUUACUUCUUAGUGACGCCAGUUUAUAAAAAGUCACAAAAUGGAAACCGAAAAUAUAAACGUCGAUGAAUUUUUACCAGCAAAAAAUCCUAUUAAAUUAGGUAAUGUUAAAAAAGGGGUUGCGAAAGAAUCUUGUGAGGGUAUGGAGGUGGAAGAGAAAAAUGUCAGUAAAAAAAAGACUAAAAAAUUAAAAUUGAAAAAGGUUAAGAAAAAUGUUGAACCAAAUGAAAGCAAAAUUAACAUGAGAAAAGUUGCAGUACCAGCUCACAGAUAUACACCUCUAAGAGAAAACUGGUUAAAAAUCUUCACACCGAUCGUGGAACAUUUGUUACUUCAAGUCCGUUUCAACACCAAAUCAAGAAAUGUCGAGAUCAGAGUUGGCCCUGAGACUAAAGAUAUCGCAAAUUUACAGAAAGCUGCUGAUUUUGUUAAGGCUUUCCUUUAUGGUUUUGAUGUUGAGGAUGCAUUGGCACUAUUGAGAUUAGAUGACCUCUUUGUCGAAUCCUUUGAAAUAAAAGACGUCAAAACAUUACAAGGUGACCAUUUAGGCAGAGCUAUAGGAAGAUUGGCGGGGAAAGCAGGACGUACUAAGUUCACCAUAGAAAAUGUAACCAAGACAAGAAUAGUGUUGGCAGAUUCGAAAAUUCACAUUUUAGGUAGUUACCAAAAUAUUGCACUGGCGAGACGAGCUAUUUGUAAUUUAAUUAUGGGAUCACCGCCUUCUAAAGUUUAUGGUAACUUGAGGAAUGUCGCUAAAAGAGUUGCUGAAAGAUUUUAAAUGUAAAUAAAAGUAUAUUUAUGCA